UGGAAUUUGCGGCUCGGUUUUUCCUCCAGCGGCAGCGAUGGGGUGAAACUGAGCAGCUGAGUUGAUCAGUUCUGAGGAUGAGUGAUUUCCCAUCAGAUGACAGACAGCACUCUCUCUCUCUCUCUCUCUCUCUCUCCAUACUCCCUGUCCAUCCAGUCUAAUGCAGCUGUCAGUGGGUUCUGAUGCUCAGCUGGAAAGGGUGAUGCUGCGCACCUGAAGAUGGAGCUUAUAUUUUAACCGGAAGUGUUUUUCAGAAGCUCCACAGACCCUUUUCCUCUCCUUGUCACUGCGUCAUUCAUAUCUGUUUCUUUCUGUGAAUGGCGCAACCCUUUUCCAGCCUGCUGCUCUCCUGAGUCAGUCUGCUCUCCCCCAGUCUGCUCCGUGUUGUGUCUGAGGCGGGCAGUGAGCAUGAUCUCACUGGAGCGGACUGCAAGGUUUAACUGAACCCGAUCUAAAACCAGCCGGCCAGAACUCCCAGUGCAAGUCGCUCUUUUUUUUUUUCUGUUUUGAAGACCACAACAUGGAAGAAGUUGGUGUCAGUGAAUGUGUUCCCGAUCUGAAGGAGUUGGAGGUGAAGGUGGGGCGGAAGACGCCGGAAGGUUUGCUCAGGUGGAUGCGGCAGGACGCAGCGCAACGCGGUGAGCAGAGCAAAGUCCUCCGGCAGGAGAGAGCAGACCGCGGGGAGCAUGCCCUGGAUGAGAAGAUCAGGAAGCUCAAAGUCGAGAUGGCUCAUCUCCGGGCGGUGGAUGUGAGAAUCCUGCAACAGCUCGUGGCAUUGCAUGAGGGAAUUGAGGCAGCAAAGUGGCUUAUGGAAGAGCGUGGCAUGCUCACCAGCCACUGCAGCAGCCUGACUGGCAGUCAGUACAGCCUGGGAGGCAGCUGGAGCAGCCUACAUGAGCCCCAUGACAAGUUGGACAACAUCUCCAUCGGCAGCUACCUGGACACACUGGCUGAUGAUCUGGAUGAGUAUUGUACCUCAAGCGGGGCCGAGUCUGUGCUCUGCUCUGCACCUUUGUGCACAGACAACUCCAAACCCGCUCACGUGAAACCCAAUGGCCCUAAAGAGGAAGUGAGACCUCCCAACCAUGAUGUAAGAGCGUCCAACCAUGAAGAAGCUAGUAAGAGUAAUGGAAAUACCGGAGUCCUGGAUAGUGCAGUUAAGCAAGACACAGACUCCCCCAAGGCUCUUGCAGCUGAGAAGCUGCCGAAGACCCUGAGCCCUCAGGGUAAGAUUUACAAGAAUGGCAAGGUGGAGCUGGAAAGCUGCAAAAUGAGUGGCAAAGUGCACUUGGAGUAUGAUACGCACUGGCACUGGGUGCAGUCACAAGAUGAUGUGACAUUUUUGUGAGGGUUUAAAAGAUGCAUUGACUUCAGAGCCUUAUUGGACAGAUUGAUUGAUUUUACUCUGCAAUUGGUUUAGAAGAAUAUCCUCAUGUACUUUUAAACUGACUGCCAAGCUUAAAUGAAUUCAGAUAUAGAGGUAUGAUGUCAAAGAUCCCAAGGGGCCAAAGCUUAUAAAGCAUGAACUUUAUAUUUGUCUUUAUAAUCAUUUAUCUGUACAGAUGUUUAUCUAUUAAAACUAUUUUGCUCAGUGAUUCCCAGUGCUGGUGCGACAGUACCCUUGCCCUGCUCAAUUUAGUGCUUUCCUUGUUCUAACACUCCCACAUUGACUCAGGAAGGACCUGUUAAUUAUCUGAUUAAUUGGAGGUGUGUUAGAGCAGGAAAAGUAGUGAAAAUGCAGGGAAGAAAAACACCAGGACGAGAGCUGGGAAUUGCUGGGGUAGUAUUUCGUACAUGACCGUGGAAUCUGGUUUUAUCCCUAAUUUCUCUCAAUAUUUUAUUGCAGAUAUGUGGUUGAUGAGGUCAAGCAUUUUCUGUGUUCAGAUCAGUGUUAAUUAUUAGAUUUAACUUUUUGUUUUAACUUGUGUAAGUUGACCAAUACAAUACAAAAAUCUGACAUUUAUUUUCAAGUGCUUUAGUUAAAAUAGCCAGAUAAGCGAUCACUGUAAGAAAAUAGCAAAUUCUUAUUUUCAUGUCAACUCCAAAGGAGCCUGAAAGACUGAGAUAUGAAUAGUAGAUCAGUUGAAAUUUAUUAAGUAUUUUAGAGAGGACCAAGUUUUUAGCUAUAAAACACAGAAUGGUAAAGAGAUACUAUGAUAAAGACAUCAUAGUGAUAUUUUUCUAUUUAUUCUAAAGUUUAAAGUUCCAUAAAUCUAAUAUAAUAUAAUAAUAUAACCAAUAAAAUGUGUCACUGUUUUUCAGUUGAUAUCACAUUUGCAAUUUAAAAUUGAUGCACAUUAAGGUUUUUUGUUUUUUAAGAGCACACUAUGGCAGACCCGUGCUCAGACUGUCAGGUUUGAGGUUGGAAUAUACAAACAGAAAAAACAACAAAAUCUGCCUAUUUUAGUGAUACCUGUUUAAGAACUGAAGUUCAGGACUAAAGGGAACUGAGUAUAAUCCAACAUGAAAGAUCUUUAAAAUUGUUGCCCUGGUAGUUCAGAAUUGACUCGUGUAAAUACAGCAACAAAGUCAAACAGCAAGUUUGAUCUGGAUAGCUGUGAACAAUCAGGAUGAUUUCUGUGUGACCAUUAAACACAGAAUCUGUAUCUAUGUGAAAAUGCUUGUGCAAUAUGAUUAAUUAUUAUACAUACAGGACACUUUUUCGAUGGAAUGAAGCGGGUUCCAUUCAUUUGGCUUUAUAGCAUGCAAUAUUGUUAGCAUAUCGCUUAUCCUAUGUGUAUUAAUGGAGAAUGAGUGCUGAAUAUAGCUUACAAUAUUGCAUGGUUGUCAAGACAACAUGACGACACAUGUCGGAGCUGAUGCGAAUAUUCAAUGAGAGUGUUUUGUGCUGCACAUGUGCAGAAGCAUUUCUUUGUUCGCCGGUGGCGCCCACAGUAAACUGUCACAGUGAACUGAAAAUGCUAUAAGAUGCGUAUUACACAUAAAACUUCCAUGCUAGCGAGUGACUGUGACAAUUUGUAAACAAACAUGGCUGCCAGGUUCGCUUCGUUAAAUACAGAAGAUUUUGAGAGAAUUUUGAAAGCAAAAGAUGCAUUGAACACCUGAAAUUGUUCCAUCGAAUGUGUAUGUAUAAUAAUAAUAAUAAUAAUAAUAUUGGCUGGCUUUUUUUCAUGGUAUAUCAGAUAUAUUCCGUUCAGCUAGCUUGAUAUUGAACUUAUUGAAGACGAGUUCAGUAUCAUACCAGCUGAAUGGAAUAUAUCUGAUAUACCACUCAAUGGCAGCCAAUAUUAUUUAAAUAUAUAAAAUAUAUUAGUCAAUUUAAAUAUAUAUGGAAUUAACUAAUUCAGAAUAAUGUGGUCUGUUGAUUUAUGUUAGAUCAUGCAAAAACAUUUUGAUCAACUCUUAUGCAACCAUGUAGAAGUAUAGAGGCACAUUAAUGUAGUGGGAUCUUCAUGAUUGUGAAUGCAGGGAAUCAAAUGCAUGAAAAUGUGUGGGUCUGUGUAUUUGAGACGUCACCCUCUGCUGUGGACUCUGUAUUAAAGAAAUAGUAAUAAUUUUAAAAAAAUGUAAUGAAUUAAUUAAAUGCAGUUUUUAUAUUAGUGUUAACCCAUAUUAAUGCCGCUGGAUGUGGUUUUGCCUGUUUCUCUGAUGCAAAGAGAACUGCACUGCUGUAAUAGUUUUAUGUAAUGAAGCUAUAAAUGCUAUUUGACAUUUGAUGUGUUAUCUAAUAAACGGUGAUGU